AUGGUGAGGCACAGCUACAUACACACGGGGGCUAAACCGUAUUCCUGUGAGUUCUGCCAGUCGACAUUCACAAGCACCACGGAGUUAAAGAGGCACACAAGGUUACAUGCAGCCAGAGAAACAUGCCAAGGGCAGCAACUCGGUUUUGUAAGUGGCAGAAAGAGAACUCUGAGACCUUUAAAGAAUUACACAUGUGAUGAGUGUAACAUAGUGUUUUACACUAGAGGACAUCUCAGCUUUCAUAAGAAGUUUCAUGAACAGCGUAAGGCUGCUGCUGCUGCUGGUUAUACGAAUCAGAGCAAUGAAUAUCAUGAAAGCAAAAUAUGCAAAGUUGACGGUGAUUCCCAGGACCAUAUUUCUCUGUCUCUUUCUGGUAAAGUAAAUGAUUGUCUCACUGGGGGAACGCUGGCUUCAGUAGACUUUGAGCAGGCGGGUGAUGCGUGGGACAAUAAGAAAAUGUGCUCUGGAAAGAAAUUCCCUGAAAACAGCCACGGAAUCAACAGCUUACCUGUUGUUGGGAGAUCAGAAGUUCAUCUGAAUUCGUACAGAAUGGACACUGUGAUUUGCAAAGAGGAACCUCUCUUCAGCUCCAAGGCCCCUCGUUCACAAGUUCAAGAUGAUGAUGCUUAUCAGAGAUUUGUGGAAAACUUAAGGGACACGUGGCCUUCCAGUCUGUCUGCAUUCAAAACCUACAGGUGCCAGCGCUGCAAUUAUGCUACCGCUGUUCACAGCGACUUCAAGCUGCACCUAAAAAUACAUACAGAUGAAAGACCAUUUGCAUGUAACGAAUGCAAUAAGACAUUUAAAACCAACCUUGAACUACAUGUAAGAACUCACACGGGUGAGAAACCUUACAGCUGCAGCGUUUGCCAGAAGAAGUUUCGUACUUCCAGUCACCUGAAGAGACACAGAGUCCUGCAUUUUGACGUGGAGCACCUCAAGUGCAGGAACUGUGACUAUUCCACAAACAAAUGGCUGUCCUUGAAACAGCAUCUGGCUUCACACUCUUGUGAGGAAAGCACCUCUGCUGGUUGUCUCUACGAACAAAAGCAGCUACCUGUCAAAACAUACACGUGUGAAGAGUGUGGUUAUUCCACAGCCCACAAUGGAAACUUGAAGCCACACCUGAGGAUUCAUACAGGGGAGAAGCCGUUCAAGUGCGAGCAGUGCGCUGUUGCUUUCCGCACGUCCAGCCACCUGAAGCGCCACUUACUGACUCAUUUAAAGCUGCAGUGCAGAAGGU